CCUGAGGAUUUCGAUCUGACAAAAUCCUCUUCGUGGGAGUCGGGUAUACUGCUUAACUGAGCAGUGACUACCGAGUCCUUUAAAACAGGCCCGAAGUUGCCAAUGGGGAUACUAGUACGCUUCAGAUACCCUUCAAGAUCAGUGAUUGAACGACCUAAGUACCAUGUCCACGAUAUACUCGCUCAACCACCUUAUAGCCGAACGUGCUCGCAAUCACCCAAACCUUGAAAUCUUGGGCAUACCAGACAAGGACUUCAAUUGCAUCAAGUAUACUCUGGCUGACCUCGAUGCGUCAGCGUCCUUGUUGGCCCACCACCUACGGGAUAACGGACUACUCAAUGGACGUUCCAAAGGGGAUACCACCAGUAGGAUGACAGUUGGAAUCCUAGGCGUUAGCAACAUAAGUUAUGUAGUGACCGAGUUGACGCUUUAUCGAAUGGGCUACUGUGUACUCUUCUUGUCGCCGAAUAACUCUCCUUCUGCGAUUGCCCACCUCUUGACCGUGACAAAUGCAACCCACAUAAUAGUGCAAGACCUGCUACUACCUUCCGCAACAGCAGCUCUUACCCAUCUCAGCAACCCCGGUGCUGUGACGAUCAUCAACCAGCCUUCACCUGACGUCUUCGGCCCAGCCGCUCGUUGUUCGUACCCAGAGAAGACGCGAUGGGAUCCUGUAUUAAAGUGGGAGGAUGAAUCUCUUCUUCCAGUUACGACCAUCCACUCGAGUGGCUCCACUGGUUUCCCAAAGCCAAUUACUGUAACCAACAGAGUGGCUAUCAGCAACUGCGUGAAUUUCGGUCUCACGACUUUAACGACCUUGCCGUUGUAUCAUGCACACGGUCACUGCAUUCUUCAUCGUGCAAUCUAUUCUACAAAACCACUGUACCUCUUCCCAACUGGAUCAAUACCAUUGACAUCCGCCAACGUUAUCAGGCUUCUCAAGCAAGCUCCGGACGUGGAGUUACUAUCUGGCGUUCCUCUAGCAUUAAAACUCCUCGCUGAGACCACUGAAGGUCUGCAGAUCCUGAAGAGUCUCAAGCUUGUCUUGUUCGGCGGUAGCGCAUGUCCUGACAAGCUCGGUGACUUCCUUGUCAACGAGGGCGUCCGCUUGGUUGGCCAUUAUGGUCUUACUGAAAUGGGUCAACUCAUGACGUCUCUCCGGGACUUUGAGACUGACAAGGGCUGGAAUUGGACGCGUGCUAAGGGGCCGCAUGUAAACACGAAUGUGAUCGACUACCUGCGAUUCGAACCUCGGGGCGGGGAUACCUAUGAACUGUUCGUUUUAGAUGGCUGGCCCAUGAAGGUUCUGACCAACCAACCCGAUGGGUCAUACGCAACAAAAGAUCUAUUUAUCAAGCAUCCCACCAUCCCAGAUACAUACAAGUUCAUCGGGAGAAUCGACGACACCUUGGUCAUGGUUAAUGGCGAGAAGACGAAUCCUGUCCCUAUGGAACUCACACUUCGCUCGUCGCCCUACAUUGCGGAUGCCAUCAUCUUCGGCGCCGGCCGCAUUCAAAUUGGAGCUCUGAUUCUUCCAUCCAAAAUCGUAAAAGACUGCUCUCCUUCGGAGCUCGCUAAGCUUGUGGCGCCUAUCGUCGCCCUCGCCAAUGCCGAGGCCCCCUCGCACUCACAGCUUGUGUCGGAAGCCAUCGAGUUUCUCCCUUACGGCACGGUGAUUCCCCGUGCUGAUAAGGGCAGCAUUGUGAGACCCCGGGUGUACAAGGAAUUUGAAGGCGUCAUCAACGAGGUCUAUAAACGACUAGAGGGUGACAUUGACGAGGACGGGAAGAGACGACUGACCGAUGAGGCGGAGGCGAGAACAGCCAUCAGAGAUAUAAUCAGCAAGACGGUCGAUAGACCGAUCGACAACUUAGAAGAUGACACCGACCUGUUCGAUUUCGGGCUGGACUCGUUGCAGUCUAGCAGAAUACGAAACACCAUUAAGAGAGAGAUCUACCUAGGUGGCAAGAAGCUGUCUCCAAACGUCGUUUUCGAACAUCCUUCUAUCACGCAGAUUGCCCGACUCCUAGUUGCAACGUCCUCUGGCAAUGAAGGUACUCUGGCGCGACGAAGCUCGCUCGAGAUCAUGCUGGAACUUGUUAAGAAGUACAGCUCUUUCACUUAUACACACAAGGCUCAUGUCAAUGGAACAAAUGGAGCUGCAAGUAUCUCAGUCACGCCUCGCGUUGUUGUGUUGACUGGUGCGACUGGGUCUCUGGGAGCAUAUAUUCUGGAUGAACUACUUUCGGACCCUUCUGUGGCCACUGUUUACUGUCUGUGCAGAGCAAAGGACGAUGCAGAUGCGUCCAGUCGCAUAACAGCUUCCAUGAAGACAAGGAAGCUAUCAUCUCACAAUGAGAAGUUUCAAUUGCGUGUCAAAGCUCUCGCUUGCGACCUGUCUACCGACAUGCUUGGACUUCAGUCAAACAUGUACAAUGAGAUCGCAACACGGGCAACACUGAUUAUCCACAAUGCUUGGGCGGUUAACUUCAACCUUGGUAUUUCCAGCUUCGAACCACACAUCCGUGGAGCUGUCAAUUUAAUUAAUCUCGCCCUUGCAUCGCCUCAUCCACGACCAGCGGACUUUUACUUCGCAUCUUCAAUCAGUGCUGUCGGCGCUUGGCGUGGACCAGACUCGAUUCCAGAAGCCAUCACGGACGAUCCCUCUGUCGCUCAGGGGUUGGGCUAUGCACAAUCGAAGUGGAUCACUGAGAAGCUCUGUCAAGUUGCCUCUCAGCAGACACCUAUUCGGGCGGGCGUGCUACGAAUUGGCCAAAUGGUGGGAGACUCUCAGAAUGGCGUGUGGAACGAGACAGAAGCUAUUUCACUCAUCAUCAAGUGCGCAGACACAAUCGGAAUUCUUCCCAACCUUGAAGAGUCAGUCUCGUGGCUCCCAGUGGACUACGCAGCGAAGGUUAUCCUCGAUCUGGUCAAUAUUCCCCCUCAACAUUUGCCAUUGGGAGAGUGCCCAGUCUGGAAUGUGAUUCAUCCAAAGUUUGUGCAGUGGACGUCCAUCCUUUCGUCUCUCCAGCAUUCCGGCCUGAAAUUUAAAGCGCUCCCGAGGCACGAAUGGAUGAAGGCUUUGCGUGCUAGCCCUAUCGAUGAAGUGAACAACCCAAGCCGGAAGCUGUUGACCUUUUUUGAGAACAAGUACGGGCAAGAGGAACUGACUACGCGGUACCCAUUAUUGACGGUAGAAACUGAGAAAGCAAGUAAGAGUCUCAGGAGCGCACCUAUUGCUGAUGUUGGACUGGUGGGGAAGUGGGUAGCUGCAUGGAGAGAGACAGGUUUUUUAGCUUGAAAGCAGUUGGUUCAACAAUCGAGACUGGUAUGCUCAGACUCGUCAGUAGAUCAUCAGAUAGAGAUAUUAGGAAUAGACGCUCAGAAUUGUACGAUUUGAGUAGUGGCAUCAUGGUUGAAUACGAAGGCGAAAGCGG